AUGUCUGCCCAUAGGUUAAUUUCCAACCGAACAUCUCAGCAAGCUUUAUCUAACUCUGAUUACACUUGGGAGUAUGAGUACUAUGAGUAUGGACCAGUUUCCUUUGAAGGACUGAAAGCUCAUAAAUAUUCCAUUGUGAUUGGAUUUUGGGUCGGUCUGGCAGUUUUUGUCAUUUUCAUGUUCUUUGUGCUGACCUUGCUGACGAAGACUGGAGCACCACACCAAGACAAUACAGAACCUUCUGAAAAAAGAUUUCACGUGAGUAGCUUUGUGGCAGACUUUGGAAAACCUCUGGAGUCAGACAAGGUAUUUUCGCGUCAAGUAGCUGAAGAGUCCAGGUCACUCUUUCACUUUUACAUUAAUGAAGUGGAGCAUUUGGACAAAGCAAAACAAAGCCAUAAAGCCCCAGGUCUGGACAGUAAUAUUCACUUCCAGGAAGUAGCUAGGAGUAGUGGAAGGCUGGAGGAGGAGCUGAAUUGCCUUACAAAAUUUAACAUCCCCAACUUCGUGAACACUGACCAGAAUUCUUCACUGGGUGAAGAUGAUUUGCUGAUUUCAGAGCCACCAAUCAUUUUAGAAAGCAAACCAGUUAUCCAAGCCUCACGUCAGAUCCUUGACUGAAAAACCUUGGUUUCUAAAGCAGUGUCUUUUAUUGUUUCUGUGGUAUCAAGAACUCUUAUUCAGCUGCUAAUAGCAGACCUUUUUGCCUAUUUCAGUAGAAGAUAUUUCAUAUCUUAUGCCUUGUGUUUUGUUGUGAAUAUUGAACUGACUGACUGACCUCACUUUCGUAUAAAGUGAAAUACUUAAUAUUUUGUCAAGACUUAUUUUAUGUCACUUUCAAGUGUUUCCUAAGAUCAAAACCUUCUUCAGCAUUGCUGUUGUUGCUUGCUAUUUGUUUUAUUUAACUAGCCAUCAUGCCCAGCUGCCUAGUGGUAGCAGAACACACUAACAUGAGACAAGAGUUGCAAUGCACUUGAUUCUGCUUUGUGGGAUUGCUGCAGCUGCAGAGGGAGGAGUAUCAUUGGAUUCUGAAAGGAGUGGCGUGGAACUGUUUGGCCAGGAGGACAGUAAACUCAAAUCAAGACUGAAUGGAGGAAUAAGAAGAGGAAGCACCUUUUCGGGCUCUGAAUCUCCUCCCCUCCCCCCCCCCCAUUCAAAAGGCAGAUUAUUUUGAAACAUAACCAACAUAAUAAAAAUUUGCCAUUAAUCUGCACUCAAGACUCCUCGCAGCUUUUAGAGGCUACUGAAACCCCACCUAUCAAAAUUCUAGUGAUGCUGUUCUGUAUAUUAUAUUCAGUUAGUGUUUACAAAAUACAGUUACCAUCUGCUGCUGAAGAUAUUUAGUGUUUCAGAAAAUUUCAUAUUCUUGCAGGUGUGGGUGGCUGGGUGACCUAGAAUGAAUGCGUUCUACAUACAAUUAAUAACAUUCAGGUUUGUGGACUUGAUUGUCAAUGUGAGCCUUUAACAUGGUGAGCACAGGAUUUAAUACAGAAACUAUAGGAAACAGGGUUGAAAACAUUCCUGUUUUGU